UUUACUCAAGCCUUUUAGUACCACUUAUAACUUGCUCCUUGCUACAAACUGAACCUCCAAAAUGGCUUUAGAAUAUGUCAAGUUGGGUCUAGCCCUGGUUUUUGUGACCAUUCUUUGUGAAUUAGCCACGGCUCAGUCCGGUUGCAGCAGCGUGCUCCUAGGUUUAGCCCCGUGUUUAAACUACAUUAUGGGAAGCUCGACGACCCCGGCAUCGAGUUGCUGCUCUCAGCUUUCUAGCGUGGUUCAGUCGCAGCCUCAGUGUCUUUGCUCGGCACUCAAAGGCGGGGGCUCAUCGUUUGGUAUUACCAUUAACCAGACCAAAGCUCUGUCACUCCCUGGAGCUUGCAAAGUCCAAACGCCACCGGUUAGCAGGUGUAACGGUGCUAGUGGUCCAGCAGCUGUCCCAUUGAGCUCUGCAGUAAAUCCAACAGCUGAUAGUUCGGACGAGACACCAGACACACCGGCUACAUCAUCAUCGAUGCCGAUCAUUCCUUCAGGUAGACACCACUCCCAAGUUCCUGCAAAAGAAGGCUACGAAUCAAACGGAAGUAGCAUGAAAACGCCGCUUGCUCUCACUCUCGUUAUUUUCAUCUUUAUAUUUGAAGCGUUUUAUGUCAACUAGGAGCUCCCUUACCUACUAUACAAACAGUGGCCAUUUGUAUUCCUGCUUUAU